AUGAAGCUUACCAUGAGCUUUCUAUCUGUAUUUGUUGCCUUUGUUGGCAUAAUAAGUUUCACAUUUUUGGUAGUGGCUAUUGGAACAGAUUUUUGGUACAUCAUUGAUGCCUCAAAACUGGAACAAAAUAAUAACUUCUCUAAUCCACUAAGCUCUCAUUCAGGACUUUGGAGAAUGUGCACAACAAAGAGCAGAUGUUCCCCUUUGAUGAAUCCUUUCUGGCAUGGAAACCGAAACUUCACUGAUUCAGAGAAACAACUUUUAAGCAUGCAUGGGGCAUUGGUUAUAUUAUUACCACUCAGUUUGAUUCUGAUUAUCUUUGGAGGCAUGACUGGAUUCGUCAGCAUACUUGCAAGAGCCUAUCUGCUGUUGUUUAUGACUGGAUUGCUUUUCCUUUUUGGAGCUCUGAUUACUCUAACUGGAAUCUGCAUCUACAUAGCAUAUUCUGCAUCUGCAUUAAAAAAUGCAGCUUGUCUCUUAAGUUCUGAAAUACUUGAAGAUAUCGACAUACGGUUUGGCUGGUCUUUUGCUUUGGCAUGGAUUUCCUUCAUUACAGAGGUUCUUACUGGAAUUGCGUUUCUUUUGGCUGCCCGAAUUACUGGUCUAAAACGAACUAGAGACGGAGCAGAUAUAAAAUGAUAUCUGGGUUAAAUUGUUUGGCUUUUGCUAACAGUUGCAAUCAUUACAUUUU